AUGAGCGACACGGAGAAGGCCGCGGCCUCCCACACAUCAGACCCAGGCGCGCAGGAGAUCCCGCGUGACCCAGAUGCGCUUCUUAGUGAAGAAGAGAGGCUUCAAGUGGAACGAAAGUUAGUAAGGCGACUUGACUGGAUUCUAAUUCCAUGGCUUUGCAUCCUUUAUCUCUUAGCAUUUCUCGACAGAACCAAUAUUGGAAACGCAAAAAUUGCCGGUCUGAACAAAGACUUGGGUUUGACCAGCUCAAUGUACAACUCAUCGCUCACGAUUUUCUUUGUCUCAUAUGCGGUAUUCGAGCCUUUGACAAACAUUCUGCUCAAGAAGUUGCGGCCGUCUAUUUUCAUUCCCGUUAUCAUGAUACUCUGGGGUGCGUCGAUGACGGGCAUGGGCUUCGUACACAACUGGAGUGGGUUGAUGGCCGCACGCUGGUUCUUGGGUCUUACUGAGGCCGGACUUUUCCCUGGCGUAAACUACUACUUAUCGUGCUGGUACAAGCGAUCAGAGUUUGGUAUUCGUGCUGCCAUCUUCUUCUCAGCUGCAGCCAUCUCAGGGUCGUUUGGCGGCGCACUUGCAGCAGGCAUUGAGCAAAUGGCUGGUGUCGGCGGCCGCCCGGGAUGGGCAUGGAUCUUUAUCCUUGAAGGUCUUCUCACCGUUUUAUUCGGUGUUGCAUCGUUCUGGAUGGUCCACGACUUCCCCGAUGAGGCCAAGUUUCUCACAGAAGACGAUCGAGCUCGAGUCAUCCGCCGUCUCAAGAUGGACCAGCAAGCCUCUGCCAACCACGAGGAGUUCAAGAUGACGUUCUUCUGGCAGGCCUUCAAGGACUGGAAGAUGUGGCUGGGGAUGGUGAUCUACAUGGGUUGCGAUAUGCCGCUAUACGCCUUCAGUCUGUUCUUGCCCACCAUCGUCAACGAACUUGGGUGGAACACGAGCAUUGUUCGCUCGCAGCUGAUGACAGUCCCACCCUACGCCGCGGCGGCGAUUUUCACCGUGUUUAUCGGAUAUGUUGCGGACAGGACUCAGCAACGUGGUCUAUGCAACAUUGGAGUCAGUCUCAUUGGCAUCGUCGGCUUUUGCAUGCUCAUAGCUACCGAAAGCGCUCAGGUCAAAUAUGCGGGCACCUUCCUGGGAGCUCUCGGUAUCUACCCUUGCAUCGCCAACACAAUCACCUGGGUCGCCAACAAUGUCGAGGGUGUUUACAAGCGCGGCGUAGUGUUGGGAUUCGUAAUCGGAUGGGGAAACCUAAACGGCAUUGUCAGCUCCAACAUUUACUUCCACGGCCCGCGAUUCCCAGAAGGUCAUGGUGUUGUGCUGGCGUACAUGGCCAUUUUCUUGUGCGGCGGCAGCGCUCUCAUGACAACAUUGCUUAGAAUCGAAAAUAAAAAGAGGAGGCAGGGCAAGAGAGAUCACUGGGUCGAGAAUAAGUCCGACAAGGAGAUUGAGGCGCUCGGAGAUAAGCGACCAGACUUCCAGUACACUUUGUAA